AUGUCAACUUUCCAGGAACAGAUUUCGAGGUCGGCUAAGGAGUCCGAAGCAAUUAGUAUUCCUGGCGGACCUAGCUUGUCGUAUUCACAAUUGUUGACUGCGGUUCGCUCUUUCCAAAAAACACUAGCAAGCAUUAAUAUCCCUGAAAAAUCAGCUAUUUCAAUCUCCCUCCCCAAUAGCAUUGAGUUUGCGAUUGCUUUUCUUGGUACUACAGCUUCCUCUUUUAUCGCAGCUCCCUUGAAUCCCAACUAUAAAGAAUCGGAAUUUGCUUUCUACAUUGAAGAUGUCAAAUCAUCGUUGGUGAUUGUUCCAAAGGGAUCAUUCGCUGGUCACUAUCCUGCUAUUGCCGCUGCUAAGAAGUUCAAUGCCGCUGUUGCUGAAGCAUAUUGGUUAGGAGAUAAGAUUGUUCUCGAUUUGAAGUACAAGGGAAAGCUUUCUGAUAAUGCCCAUUCUUCUAUACCUCCUUCUCCAAAUCCAUCAGAUGUCGCCUUUGUACUUCACACUUCAGGUACUACUGGUCGUCCUAAGGCGGUUCCUCUGACCCAUGCUAAUAUGGCUCGUACUGUUACCAACAUUAUCAACACAUACAAAUUGUCCCCUAAGGAUAGAUCAUAUCUCGUGAUGCCUCUCUUCCAUGUUCAUGGCCUUUUGGCAGGUUUCUUAGCACCGUUGGGCUCUGGCGGGGCUGUUAUAAUUCCUCCAAAGUUCUCUGCUCAUGCGUUCUGGAAUGAUUUCCUCCAAUAUCAAGCCAAUUGGUAUACCGCGGUUCCGACUAUUCACCAGAUCUUGCUCAAAUCUGAUUUACCUUCUCCGGUACCUUAUAUUCGAUUUAUUCGAUCUUGCUCGUCUUCUCUUGCUCCCUCCACUUUCCAUGCUUUGGAAAAGACUUUCAAAGCUCCAGUACUCGAAGCUUAUGCUAUGACUGAAGCAUGUCACCAAAUGACUUCCAAUAACCUUCCUCCAGGUAAAAGAAAGCCAGGUACUGUAGGUGUUGGCCAAGGCGUUGAGAUUGCCAUUUUGGAUGCAAAUGGAAACAAGGUCAAACAGGGACAGGAGGGUGAGAUUUCCAUCAAGGGUUCCAAUGUGACUCCUGGUUACAUAAAUAACCCUAAGGCUAAUGAGGAGUCAUUCACCAAAGAUGGCUAUUUCCGUACUGGAGAUCAAGGCAAACUUGACGAAGAUGGCUUUGUUAUUAUCACCGGGCGUAUCAAGGAGCUCAUAAAUAGAGGCGGUGAGAAAAUCAGUCCAAUUGAGUUGGAUGGUGUUAUGCUGGAACAUCCUGCUGUUGCUGAAGCUGUGUCAUUUGCUGCUCCUGAUGAAAUGUACGGUCAAGUGGUCAAUGCUGCCAUCGUCUUGAAGCCUGGUGCCAAGGCUACUGAAAAGGACAUUCAAGAUUUCCUUAGCUCUAAACUUUCCAAGUUCAAGAUCCCACAGAGAAUCUUUUUCACCAAGAUUAUGCCUAAGACGGCAACUGGUAAAAUUCAAAGAAGAGUUAUAGCCAGUACAUUCUUGGAGCAGAAUAAGGCCAAGUUGUAG